AUGGGAUCAGAUUUGUCCGAGAGACUCAAGAUUCUCAACCUCUUUGAUGAUGUAACGGCACAUGGAGGACAGAAGAUUGUUCUCAAGUGUGGGGUGAACAAAGAUGGAGCCACAGCAAAAUGGUUGAAGAAUAAUAAGCAGGUGUCUGAGAGUGUAAAUGUUACCAUAACCCAGAAUGGUAAAGAGUUUAUUCUGACAAUCAAACAGGCUCAGAGGUCAGAUCAUGGCACUUACACCUGUGAAGUGACCUUGUCCAAUGAAAAGGUUAAAUGCACAGCUGAUAUAACUGUACAAGAGUUUGAGAAGGCAUGGAGGACAUCAGACUGGGACCUCAACAGCAGAAACAAGAUGAUGAAAGAACUCCGUCUGUUUAAACCAGAGGUUGAUCCUAUUCGGAUCCUUCUGCAUGGACCUGUAGGAGCAAGGAAGUCCAGCUUUGUCAACUCCAUUGAUACUGUCUUCAGGGGCCACAUCACCAGUAGGGCCCUGGCUGAUGCUGGCACUGGAAAGAGUUUUACUAAAACAUAUAAAUCAUACAGAUUUAGGAUCACUGGUCAUCCAGGAUUUUUGCCUUUUGUUGUCAAUGACAUCAUGGGUCUGGAGAAAAAGGUUUCAGCUGGGGCACACAAUGAUGACAUCAUCAGUGCAUUACGUGGUCACAUAAAAGACAAUCAAGAGUUUAAUCCAGGAUCUCCACUGUCUGAAGGAGACCCAGGUUAUAACAGCAGUCCCUCCCUAAAAGAUAAAGUUCACUGCCUGGUUAGUGUCCUACCUGCAGACAAAAUCUCUCUAAUAGAUGACGCCGUCAUCAAGAAAAUGAGAAAGAUCCGAGAGGAAGCCAGUGACAUGGGAAUCCCUCAAGUGGUUGUUAUGACAAUGGUGGAUAGGGCAUGUCCAGUGGUUGCCAAAGACUUAAGAAAGAUCUACACCAGCCUGAAGAUCAAAGAGAAAAUGGAGGAGUGCCAUAUCAGGCUGGGUGUACCAAUGAACUGCAUUUUCCCACUGAAGAACUAUCACGAGGAGGGUUCAACGGUUCUUGAACUGGACUGCCUGAUUUUAGCCACUUUAACACAGAUCAUUCAUUUGGCUAAUGACUAUCUGAGCACUAUCUUUGAAAAUGUUGAGAGGGUGAACUUCAAACCCACAGCAGAGAUGGCAAAGCUGGUAGCAAACAUCAAACCCACAGUGAAGAUGGUAACUCAGAUGGCAAGCAUCAGACCCACAGCGGAGAUGGAAAAGCCGGUAUGUCUGACAGAUAAUGAUCUACUGUGA